GCUUUGUUAAGUUUACCGCCAUGGGUUCUCGCCAGACAGCGAAAGAGCUGGCUAGAAAUUUAACCGAAGUCGUUAUUCAAAGGUUCUCCGAUCGUAUCCUUGUUCUUGUAACUCAGCUAGGGAAAGUAGGCAAUCUGAUUCAAGCGACACUGCCGCCUACUACGCCUUUGAUAGCAGCGUCAGUCGUUGACCCUACAGAUCCUAAUGCGAUCUCUCUUCCUCCACCACCUCCCGCUAUUCAGUUGACGCCGUUACUGGGAAAUGCUCCGUCCGAACACGUACAAACCCUUCAUAAUCUCUUCGCGUCGCAAAUCGCAACCUUGGUGUGGGUAGCAGAGGAAGAGUCGAUAAUGCAGCCAUCCCGUCAAAGCGUCAUCGUCGGGAUCGCCUUGCAGAAAUCUGAUGUAAAUGAAGGAGGGGAACUCAGUGACUCGGAACGUGCUACCUUUCUGGGUGUUAUGGAUAUGGUACAAGGAUUGUUAAUUCAAAAACGAUGAUGUAUUGUGCAGAAUAUCAAGGCAUUGCACAAGUUCGUUUGUAUGUGAUGGAAGGAAGGAAGUUUUGUUACCUGACGUUGCUCCUUAACAGAAGCGUGCCGGGGUCCGUACUACAGACCCCCGUAUGUACACUAACAACUCGAGGAACAACGUUGCUACGUACCGAACCAGCUGCCGCCAUGGUAAAGCCCCGUCAUGAGUACUCCCUCACGGUCUCGGCAGUUGGCUGAUGUUUUUUUCAAUAAUAUUUUUUGGAUGGUGCGCAUAAACAUUCCAGUCAUGGUGCAAAUGCUGUCGGCCGCAACAAGCGAGG